AUGCUUCCUGCCGUCACCAUGGAAACGGAGGCCAGUCACAUGCUGGAGGCGGCUCUGGAGCAGAUGGACGACAUCAUCGCAGGUUCGAAAGCAGCAGCGAUGGAGUUUUCCAGCAGCAUGUAUGAGCUGGGUUCACCAGUCAGCACUGGUCCGAUGCAGGUGGUCCAAUUAGCUGAGGACCUCAGACUCGCUUUGGAGCUUCAGCCCAACCAGGAGGAGAGAGACGGCCUCAGAGCUCAGCUGCCUCCAGAAACAGCUCAGGCUCUCAUCGACUGGCUGCAGAGGGGAACUGUGAACCUCUGUUCUCCAGCCAGCAAUGAAACCUACCAGGAACGACUGCUUCGACUAGAGGGAGAUAAGGAGUCUCUCGUGCUGCAGGUGAGCGUUCUGACUGACCAGGUGGAGGCACAAGGAGAGAAGAUUCGAGAUUUGGAAAGCUCUCUGGAGGAGCACCGACAGAAACUGGUCUCCACAGAGGAAAUGCUGCAGCAGGAACUGAUGAGCAGGACCUCUCUGGAGACUCAGAAGUUGGAUCUGAUGGAUGAAGUGUCCUACCUGAAGCUAAAGCUGGUCAGCAUGGAGGAUACUCACACCGAGACCCCCCCUCAGGAUCCCAUAGAAACACAAAACAACAAAGCUGAGUGUGUAGUAAACCUCAUCAGUGAGCUCCAGGAGCAGAUGUGCAAGUUUCAGGAGGAGAUCAACACUCGCAUCCAGGAGAAACGGGCCCUGGAGGAGAAGGAGACUCAGCAGGGGGAGCCCGGAGGCCCACCAGCCCAGGGCUGCAGUCCUCCUGACGGGUCAGCUGGCUCAGACCUGAGCCUGAAUGCCCCAGAACCCUGGAAACACAAAGGAGGACAGACUGUUCACGAUUUGGUACAGGAAGUUAAGCAGCUGAAGAGCAAAGUGGAGGAGCUGGAGGGAGAAAAGAGCCAGUAUGAGAGGAAACUCAGAGCCACCAAGGUGGAAAUCUCUGAUCUGCAGCAGCUCUUGUCCUCCAAAGACUCUGAGAUCGAGGGCCUGCAGACCCAGCUGCUGGCCAGAGGCGGCAGCACCAACGACAGCGCAGAGCGAGACCAGGAAUACCAGAGACUGAAGGUUGGGAUGGAGUCUUUGUUGGCUUCAAAUGACGAAAAGGACCGUCGGAUAGAGGAGUUGAGUGUUCUGCUGGGCCAAUACAAAAAAAUGAGGGAUGUUAUGGCUCUCGCACAUGGUGAGACUUCCACCUGUUUAUGUUCUUAUAGUUAAACCAUUAUUCUGCCAUUAAUUAUUUGUUUUAACGAGCUAGGGAGCAGUGAAGAGGAGCUGAGCAGCAGUUUAAAGCUAAAAGCUAUCACACACAAAGCACACUCUGACAUCAUCAGAUCAGAGAUGUCAUCCAGAGGAUCUUCUCCACUUAUGCUCUCCUCCUCCCCCUAUCAGAGAGAAAUGGAUUAUAGUUUUCAGAACAACGUGGACACGUCGCUGCUGAGCACAGGCAACACAAGUUUCCUGAACGGAUCGUCGUCGCACCGGCACAGAUUGCUCUCCAGCAGUCUUGAGGAGUUGCAGAGUGGGUCUUUACAAAAGAGUCCCCAAAUGGAGCUGAGCAAGUACCAAACUCUGCCGGGGAAGCUGAGUAAAAAGAACAAACCGAAGCAUGAGCUGAACGGCAGCAGAGGGACAAACACCGAGUAUUUAUCUCCUGUCCACCUCUCUCCUGCUCGCAACACAGACUACAACCUGAGCCAUUCAGAGAAACUGGAGGAGUAUAUCCUGUCAGAUCAGUCUCCGCUGUCCUCUGGAGUGGACUCUGGACAGCAGUCUCCUGUCUCCCCAGAGAAAAGGAAAGGCCAACGAGGCAUAAAGAAACUCUGGGGGAGGAUUCGUCGCAGUCAGUCGGGCAGUCCCGUCCAGGUUCACGACCCGGAGCUGGGAGACUUCAAAAGGGGGGGCUUCAGAGCCACAGCUGGACCUCGAUUGGCCCAUUCAGCCAAAACACGAGAUCUAAAGUUGCCGUUUUCUAAGUGGAGCACAGAGCAAGUGUGUGACUGGCUCGAGGACAUCGGACUUGGUCAAUAUGGCUUCCUGGCUCGGAACUGGGUCAGCAGCGGUCAGACGAUGCUGUCUGCCAGCCCGCACGACCUGGAGAAGGAACUGGCCAUGAAGAAUCCACUCCACAGGAAGAAGCUCCAACUCUCCAUGAAGAAUGUCACCAGCAAACAGCCGGAGAAAUCUGCAGAGCUGGAUUACGUCUGGGUCACUCGAUGGCUCGACGACAUCGGCCUUCCUCAGUACAAGGACCAGUUUAAUGACGGAAGAGUUGAUGGACAGAUGCUGCAGUACCUCACUGUGAAUGACUUGCUGUUCCUCAAAGUGACCAGCCAGCUGCACCACCUCAGCAUCAAGUGUGCCAUUCAUGUUCUCCAUGUCAACAAAUUUAAUCCGAACUGCCUCAAACGCAGACCCAGCAAUGAGAACCAGUUCACUCCCAGUGAGGUGGUCCAGUGGUCCAACCACCGGGUCAUGGAGUGGCUCAGAUCUGUGGACCUGGCUGAGUAUGCGCCCAAUCUGAGGGGCAGUGGUGUGCACGGAGGGCUGAUAAUGCUGGAGCCUCGGUUUAACUCCGACACACUGGCUAUGCUGCUGAACAUCUCUUCUCAAAAAACACUCCUGAGGCGCCACUUAAACACCAACUUCAACAACUUAGUGGGGGCGCAGGCUCAGCAGGAAAAGAGGGAAUACAUUGAGGCAGCAGGAUAUUCCCCACUCAACAUCACUGCUAAAGUCAAGCCAAAGAAGUUGGGCCUCUCGAACCUGACGCACCUCAGGAGGAGACGACCCGAUGAGUCCACAGACUACAUCUGUCCAAUCGAGUCGUCCCCGCCUGAGUCGGCACCAAACGGGGUACAGAUGCGACCGUUUGUCAGCUUCAGAGGUCUGAGCCCUAUUCUGGACCGGGAGCCCACCAGGGACCAGGUGGGCCGCGAGGAGACUAAAGCAGACACAUUGCCAUGACAACAAGGCGAUGCUGUGCCAAUACCACGAACGACUUAAGUUGUCCAGCUCCCCAUGGACGAAUCAGAUGCUGCUACUUUGCUUCCUUUGCUUGCAGCCCCGAUACCUCAACCUGCCCCCUCCCUGCACCUUUAAACCCCGCCCAUCAGCCCCACCUGUGCCUUACUCCCACAGAGACGCCCUGAUAAAUCCGACCGACUGAUUUAGUUGGCUGCCCGUCAU